AUGGAUGGAUUUGAAUUGUAUAUAUCCAAUACUUCAACUAUUCCUCCUUCUGCCUCUGACCUUUGCUACCAAGAUCCUCCAGGUUAUCCUUAUCCAGACAUCAUUCAGACUAUUUCAUGCAAUCAACUUGGACAAUAUGUCAUUUAUUAUGAUGAUGUACUGGCACCCAGUAAACGUGGGAGUAUUAUUGAAUUGUGUUAUGUUGCCAUAAAUGGAUGUCCUUCUUCACAGUAUGGUCCAAUUUGUAACAGAACAUGUCCAUCAAAUUGUCAUGGACCAUGUGAUCUUGAAACAGGACACUGCAUAUUAGGCUGUUUAAAUGGGUGGAUUGGUGAAAUAUGUGACCAGGUAACAAUUGCGUGGCUAUUAAAUAUUUUUAUUAUAUCAUAUAUUACUUAUCGCAACACUUCGUGUAUGACAAGAAUGGAACAUGGUAAGCAAUGA